AUCCAGAAAGUUGUGCAUGGAACUGCAAGCAAGUUGAAAUGUUUACAGCCAAUUUUUGCCAGUCACCGAAGAUCCAUUUUCUUCAUUGACUACAGAUAUCCUCUUAGCUACGUCACUGGAAUUUCUAGGAAGUAGGAGCUGAUAGAAUAAAAAGGCUGCGAGCUGAAGGCAAAGGGUACACACUGACUGGCAGCUCUCCACUGAGUCUUAGCAUAAGAACCACUGCCGUGACUUAGCAAAGGAAAACAGUCGCUGAAGACACAUCUUUACCAGGCUGCUACGUAGCACCAGGCAUCACAGCCACAAUCUCCAUCUCUUCAAAGAGCAAAGUGAAGAGAAGUUCUCCAGAAACAUGAUUGGCCUGUGGUUCCUCUCUGUUCUCACUUACAGACUUAUGGUGCUUGAGGAGGGCAAUUGCUGGACAUACCACUAUUCAGAAAAAAAUAUGACCUAUAAGCUUGCGGAGAAAUGGUGUAGGAAACACUAUACAAAUAUGGUUGCCAUUCAGAAUAAGAAGGAAAUUGCCCAUCUGAAUACAUUUUUACCCUUCAAUCCAACUUAUUACUGGAUUGGAAUCAGAAAGAUUGAUAAUGAGUGGACCUGGGUUGGAACAAGAAAACGGCUGACUGAAGAGGCUAAAAACUGGGCUCAGGGUGAACCAAACAACAGAAAGAAUGACGAGGACUGUGUGGAAAUCUACAUCAAAAGAGACAGGGAUGCAGGCAAAUGGAAUGAUGAAAGAUGCAGCAAACAGAAGGUUGCCUUGUGCUACGCAGCUUCCUGUAACCAGUCUUCCUGCAGUGGCCAUGGUGAAUGCCUGGAGACCAUUAACAAUCAUACCUGCCUCUGUGAUGCUGGAUUCUAUGGGCCUGAAUGCCAGCAUGUUGUGACUUGCAACCAAUUAAAAGAACCCGAUCAAGGGACACUGGAGUGCAGCCAUCCACUGCAGACCUACAGCUACAACUCAUCCUGUGAGGUUCAGUGUGCAGAAGGCUAUGAAUCAACUGGGUUUGAACCAGUCUGGUGUACCUCUUCCGGAAACUGGUCUGCACCCACUCCAGCAUGUACAGUUGUGCAGUGUGAUGGCUUAAAGGCUCCAGCUCAUGGCUCCCUGACAUGCUCUCCGGCUUUUGGGAACUUGCUGUGGAAUUCAACCUGUGAGUUUGCCUGUGAAGAAGGGUUUGUAUUGAAGGGAUCAGACAGGCUGCAGUGUGGCGCUUCUGGAAAGUGGGAUGGAGAACAGCCGGAAUGCGAAAGUACCUCUAUGGAUGGCUUAAAGGCUGUGGCUCAUGGCGCCCGGACGUGCUCUCUGGCCUCUGGGAACUUUCUGUGGAAUUCAACCUGUGAGUUUGCCUGUGAAGAAGAGUUUGUGUUGAAGUACGGCGCUUCUGGAAAGUGGGAUGGACAGCAGCCGGAAUGCGAAGCUGUGAUGUAUGAAGCAGUGAACGGGCCUGAAAACAGCUUUGUGGAGUGUACCGCCCGUCAUCCAGAAUUCACCUACAACUCGGCCUGUGAGUUCCAUUGUGAGGAGGGCUACCGAUUAAGUGGAUCACCCACAUUUCAGUGUACAGCUCAGGGAGAAUGGUCAGAGCCCUUCCCAAAGUGUGAAGCUUGA